AUGGCAGUAGAUCGGGUGAUCAAGCAUAUUGAGCAGCUUUCCAUGGGAAAGAAGCUUGAUUUCAUUUCACAGGAGGUGGGAGGGAGGACUUUCCGACAUCGUGACCGUACCCCUACGAAGGAGCUGGGACUGUUGUGGAAACUGAGAGUGGGCGGACUGCUUCGCAACUAUGGGACCGGAAAAGAAUCAGAGGAGUGA